GCCGAAUCGCGGCGGCGCCGGGAGCCGAGCAGCAGAGCUGUGAGGAACGAGCGGUGGCGUGAGAACGCCAGGGACUGACAGGUGGCAAACCCUCGCCCGCGCUGAUCGGGUUUGCUGGGGCGCCCGCGGAACCUGGCGGUCCGGGCGUGGCGGCGGUCGCAUCCCGGACGGCCUGUGAGGGAUGCGCCGCCCACUGCCCUGCGCCGCCUGACCGCCCCCGCCUCGCCUAGCGGUGCGCCACAGCCGGGCCCGCGGCCGUCCCCGCCGCGCUGUCGCCCGGCCGCCGCCGCGCCCGCGGGGUCGCGCCCGGCCCGGCCAUGUGGACCCCCACGGAGGAAGAGAAAUACGGCGUAGUGAUAUGCAGCUUUCGAGGAUCUGUCCCUCAAGGAUUGGUCUUAGAAAUAGGAGAAACAGUCCAGAUUCUUGAAAAAUGUGAAGGUUGGUAUAGAGGAGUUUCAACAAAGAAGCCAAAUGUAAAGGGGAUCUUUCCUGCAAAUUACAUUCAUUUGAAAAAAGCAAUUGUCAGUAAUAGGGGGCAGUAUGAAACUGUGGUUCCACUUGAAGAUUCUAUUGUGACUGAAGUUACAGCAACUCUGCAAGAAUGGGCCAGUCUGUGGAAACAACUCUAUGUGAAACAUAAAGUAGAUCUUUUCUACAAGCUACGCCAUGUGAUGAAUGAACUUAUUGACCUUCGAAGGCAGCUCCUGUCUGGUCACCUGACUCAGGAUCAGGUGCGGGAGGUUAAGCGGCACAUCACCGUGCGCCUGGACUGGGGCAAUGAGCAUUUGGGCCUGGACCUGGUGCCUCGAAAGGACUUUGAAGUAGUGGAUGCGGACCAGAUUAGUGUCUCAGAUCUCUAUAAAAUGCAUUUAUCUAGCCGGCAGAGUGUACAGCAAAGCACAUCUCAGGUAGAUACAAUGCGCCCACGACAUGGGGAAACCUGUCGGAUACCAGUGCCACAUCACUUCUUUCUCAGUCUGAAGAGUUUCACCUACAAUACCAUUGGGGAAGAUACCGAUGUCUUCUUUUCCUUAUAUGAUAUGAGAGAAGGCAAGCAGAUCAGUGAGCGGUUUCUGGUGAGACUGAACAAGAAUGGUGGGCCAAGGAACCCAGAGAAGAUAGAACGAAUGUGUGCCCUUUUUACAGAUCUGAGCAGCAAAGAUAUGAAGAGAGAUUUAUAUAUAGUUGCCCAUGUGAUACGAAUAGGCCGGAUGCUCCUGAAUGACUCAAAGAAGGGCCCUGCUCAUCUGCACUAUCGGCGGCCGUAUGGCUGUGCGGUCCUAAGCAUCCUGGAUGUCCUGCAGUCGCUCACAGAAUUAAAGGAAGAGAAGGAUUUUGUUCUUAAGGUUUACACGUGCAACAACGAGAGUGAGUGGUCCCAGAUCCACGAGAAUAUCAUCCGCAAGUCCAGCGCCAAGUACUCUGCCCCCAGCGCCAGUCAUGGUCUUAUCAUUUCUCUGCAGCUUCUUCGUGGAGACAUGGAACAGAUUAGGAGAGAAAAUCCUAUGAUAUUUAAUAGGGGAUUGGCAAUUACAAGAAAAUUGGGAUUUCCUGACGUCAUCAUGCCAGGUGAUAUCCGCAAUGACCUGUACCUAACCCUGGAGAAGGGGGACUUCGAGAGAGGGGGAAAGAGUGUACAGAAGAAUAUUGAAGUGACCAUGUAUGUGCUUUAUGCAGAUGGAGAAAUCUUGAAGGAUUGCAUCAGCUUGGGUUCAGGAGAGCCGAAUAGGAGUUCGUACCACUCCUUCGUCCUCUACCACAGUAAUAGUCCUCGCUGGGGAGAAAUUAUCAAAUUGCCCAUCCCCAUUGAUCGGUUCCGGGGCUCCCACCUGCGCUUCGAGUUCAGACACUGUUCCACAAAGGACAAAGGGGAAAAGAAACUCUUUGGCUUUGCAUUCUCACCCCUGAUGCGGGAUGACGGCACCACCCUCUCAGAUGAUAUCCACGAGCUCUAUGUGUACAAGUGUGAUGAGAAUAGCACGUUUAACAACCAUGCUCUGUACUUGGGCCUGCCCUGCUGCAAAGAGGACUAUAACGGCUGCCCUAACAUCCCCUCCAGCCUCAUCUUCCAACGCAGCACCAAAGAGUCUUUCUUCAUUUCCACACAGCUCUCCUCCACCAAACUCACCCAGAAUGUGGACCUCCUUGCUCUGCUGAAAUGGAAGGCCUUUCCAGACCGGAUCAUGGACAUCCUAGGGCGUCUGCGGCAUGUCAGUGGGGAGGAAAUUGUUAAGUUUCUACAGGACAUCUUAGAUACGCUGUUUGUGAUUUUGGAUGAUAAUACAGAGAAAUAUGGCCUGUUGGUGUUUCAGUCUUUGGUAUUCAUCAUCAACCUGCUCCGAGACAUCAAAUAUUUCCAUUUCCGACCUGUAAUGGACACAUACAUCCAGAAGCACUUUGCUGGAGCCCUGGCAUACAAGGAGCUAAUCCGCUGUUUGAAGUGGUACAUGGACUGCUCGGCAGAACUGAUUCGGCAGGAUCACAUUCAGGAAGCCAUGAGGGCCUUGGAGUACCUUUUCAAGUUUAUUGUGCAGUCAAGGAUCCUCUACUCACGUGCCACCUGUGGGAUGGAAGAGGAGCAAUUCCGGUCCAGCAUCCAAGAACUUUUCCAGUCCAUCCGGUUUGUGCUCAGUUUGGACAGCAGAAACUCAGAAACACUCCUUUUCACUCAGGCUGCACUUCUCAAUUCCUUCCCAACGAUCUUUGAUGAGCUGCUGCAAAUGUUCACUGUGCAGGAGGUAGCAGAGUUUGUGAGAGGGACUCUGGGGAGCAUGCCCAGCACUGUGCACAUUGGGCAGUCAAUGGAUGUGGUCAAGCUGCAGUCCAUUGCCAGAACUGUGGAUAGCCGCCUAUUUUCUUUCUCAGAAUCCCGUCGCAUCCUGCUUCCUGUGGUUCUCCAUCACAUUCACCUUCACCUGAGGCAGCAGAAAGAGCUGCUAAUCUGCUCAGGGAUUCUUGGCAGCAUCUUCUCCAUCGUCAAGACCAGCUCUCUGGAGGCAGAUGUCAUGGAGGAGGUAGAAAUGAUGGUGGAGAGCCUCUUGGACGUGCUCUUACAGACUCUGCUCACCAUCAUGAGCAAAUCGCACGCUCAGGAGGCGGGCGAGUAUGUGUCCUGCCUUCUCUCAUUGCUCCGCCAGAUGUGUGACACCCAUUACCAGCACCUCCUGGACAACUUCCAGAGCAAAGAUGAGCUCAAGGAAUUUCUGCUGAAGAUUUUCUGUGUGUUCCGGAACCUGAUGAAGAUGAGUGUCUUUCCUCGGGACUGGAUGGUGAUGAGACUUCUCACAAGCAAUAUUAUAGUCACUACAGUCCAGUACCUGUCUUCUGCACUGCACAAGAAUUUCACAGAGACAGACUUCGACUUUAAGGUGUGGAAUUCUUAUUUUAGCCUGGCAGUUCUGUUCAUAAAUCAGCCAAGCCUUCAGCUAGAAAUCAUUACUUCCACCAAGAGGAAGAAGAUUCUAGAUAAGUAUGGGGACAUGCGUGUGAUGAUGGCUUAUGAACUGUUCAGCAUGUGGCAGAAUUUGGGUGAACAUAAGAUCCACUUUAUUCCGGGAAUGAUUGGUCCUUUUCUGGGUGUGACACUGGUCCCACAGCCAGAAGUGCGGAAUAUCAUGAUUCCAAUCUUUCAUGACAUGAUGGACUGGGAGCAAAGGAAAAAUGGCAACUUCAAACAGGUGGAGGCCGAGCUGAUUGACAAGCUGGACAGCAUGGUGUCAGAAGGGAAAGGCGAUGAGAGCUACAGGGAGCUCUUCGGCCUGCUCCUGCUGGAGAAAGUUGAACAGGAAACAUGGCGCGAGACCGGCAUUUCCUUUGUAACCUCGGUCACCCGCCUCAUGGAACGCCUUCUUGACUACAGGGAUUGCAUGAAAGGAGAGGAGACAGAGAAUAAGAAGAUCGGCUGCACUGUUAACCUGAUGAACUUUUACAAAUCUGAGAUUAACAAAGAAGAGAUGUAUAUCCGCUAUAUCCAUAAGCUUUGUGACAUGCAUUUGCAGGCCGAAAACUACACAGAAGCUGCGUUCACUCUGCUCCUCUACUGUGAGCUGCUACAGUGGGAGGAAAGGCCACUGCGGGAAUUCCUCCAUUACCCAUCCCAGACAGAGUGGCAGCGGAAAGAGGGACUGUGCCGCAAGAUCAUCCACUACUUCAACAAAGGCAAGAGUUGGGAGUUUGGGAUCCCACUGUGCAGGGAGCUGGCGUGUCAGUAUGAGAGCCUCUACGAUUAUCAGAGCCUCAGCUGGAUUCGGAAAAUGGAGGCCAGCUACUAUGACAACAUCACGGAGCAGCAACGCCUGGAGCCUGAGUUCUUUCGGGUCGGCUUCUAUGGCAGGAAGUUUCCUUUUUUCCUUCGGAACAAAGAAUAUGUGUGCCGUGGCCACGACUACGAGAGGCUGGAGGCCUUCCAGCAGAGGAUGCUCAGUGAGUUCCCACAGGCUGUCGCCAUGCAGCACCCCAACCACCCUGAUGACACCAUCCUGCAGUGUGAUGCCCAGUACUUGCAGAUCUAUGCAGUGACGCCCAUUCCAGAUUAUGUGGACGUCCUGCAGAUGGACAGGGUCCCAGAUCGCGUCAAGAGCUUCUACCGCGUCAACAAUGUGAGGAAGUUCCGGUACGACAGGCCUUUUCACAAAGGCCCCAAGGACAAGGAGAAUGAAUUCAAGAGCCUGUGGAUCGAGCGCACCACGCUGACCCUGACCCACAGCUUGCCUGGCAUCUCUCGGUGGUUCGAAGUGGAGAGGAGGGAGCUGGUGGAGGUGAGCCCCCUGGAGAAUGCCAUCCAAGUGGUUGAGAAUAAGAACCAGGAGCUGCGGGCCCUGAUCAGCCAGUAUCAGCACAAGCAGGUGCAUGGCAACAUCAACCUGCUCAGCAUGUGCCUGAAUGGCGUCAUUGACGCCGCUGUCAACGGAGGCAUUGCACGCUACCAAGAGGCCUUCUUUGAUAAAGAUUACAUCACCAAGCACCCAGGAGAUGCUGAGAAGAUCACUCAGCUCAAGGAACUCAUGCAAGAGCAGGUUCAUGUUCUUGGAGUCGGGCUGGCAGUUCAUGAGAAGUUCGUGCACCCAGAAAUGCGCCCUCUGCAUAAGAAGCUGAUUGAUCAGUUCCAGAUGAUGCGGGCCAGUCUCUACCAUGAGUUUCCGGGUUUGGACAAGCUAAGUCCUGCAUGUUCAGGCACCAGCACCCCACGGGGAAAUGUCCUAGCAUCCCAUAGCCCCAUGAGCCCAGAGAACAUCAAGAUGACCCACCGGCACAGCCCCAUGAACUUGAUGGGGACCGGCCGCCAUUCAUCAUCCUCUCUCUCCUCACACACAUCUAGCGAAGCUGGAAACGUGGUGAUGUUGGGUGACAGCUCCAUGGGCGAGGCUCCUGAGGACCUGUACCAUCACAUGCAGCUCGCGUAUCCCAACCCCAGGUACCAGGGCUCAGUCACCAACGUCUCUGUUCUGUCCUCGUCCCAGGCAAGCCCUUCUUCCUCCAGCCUGAGUUCCACUCACUCAGCACCAUCCCAGAUGAUUACCUCUGCCCCUUCCAGUGCCCGAGGCUCUCCCUCUCUGCCAGAUAAGUACCGCCAUGCCCGGGAAAUGAUGUUGCUGCUGCCCACACACCGGGAUCGCCCAAGCAGUGCCAUGUAUCCAGCAGCCAUCCUGGAGAACGGACAGCUGCCAAACUUCCAGCGGGCCCUGUUCCAGCAAGUGGUUGGAGCCUGCAAACCCUGCAGUGAUCCCAAUCUGUCUGUGGCUGAAAAAGCGGUGCCAGCAGCCCCCAGCAGCUGGAGCCUGGAUAGCGGAGCCCGAGAGGCCCAGCCCUUCCUGUCUGCCCACACGGGGUGCAUCCUGGCCCCCCCAGUGCCUCCCCGAAGCCUGCUGCAUGGUCAUUACUCCCUACACUUUGACGCCUUCCACCACCCCCUGGGUGACACCCCCCCGGCCCUCCCAGCCCGGACCCUGCGCAAGUCUCCUCUCCACCCUAUCCCAGCCUCCCCCACAAGCCCCCAGUCGGGCCUGGAUGGCAGCAACUCUACGCUGUCUGGCAGUGCCAGCAGCGGUGUGUCUUCCCUAAGCGAGAGUAACUUUGGGCACUCCUCGGAGGCCCCUCCUCGAACCGACACCAUGGACUCCGUGCCGAGCCAGGCCUGGAAUGCUGACGAAGAUCUUGAGCCACCCUACCUCCCCGUCCACUACAGCCUCUCUGAGUCCGCUGUUCUGGACUCCAUCAAGGCCCAGCCGUGCCGAAGCCACUCAGCCCCGGGAUGUGUCAUCCCUCAGGACCCCAUGGACCCACCUGCGCUGCCACCCAAGCCCUACCACCCCCGCCUGCCGGCCCUGGAGCACGACGAGGGUGUGCUGCUGCGUGAGGAGGCCGAGAGGCCUCGGGGCCUGCAUCGCAAGGCCUCGCUGCCUCCUGGGAGCACCAAGGAAGAGCAGGCUCGCAUGGCCUGGGAGCACAGCCGAGGGGAACAAUGAGGGGUAGGGAGGCAGCUAGGACACCACCCUCAGUGAGCAGCUUGCCCCACCACUCCAGGUCUGAAAAGCAAGUCCCCCCGCAGGGAGCCAGAGAGGCCUGGCACUCAGGAGAGAACCACCCCGAGUCUACAUUCUACUGCCGUGAACUCGUGUGUUGCCA